CAGCAUCAGCAAAGUGAUCAUAUUGGGAAAGCAGCUUCUCGGAAAGUGAUCAUUGUUCAGUCUGUGUAUUGCCAUUGCCGAAGUUGCCACGUCCUGGAAAGAAAGAGCUCACGAAGACCGAUCGCAGUUGUAGAACUAGCCAUCAUAAGAUUUAAAGUGCAAUAAUGACGGAAUCAGACGUUCAAAAGUUCUAUAAGAACAAAAAUGUUUUUAUCACUGGCGGAACCGGUUUCCUGGGAAUCGCAAUCGUGGAAAAAAUUUUGCGCUCAUGCCAUGAGGUUGAUGGUAUCUAUUUAUUGAUGAGACCCAAAAAAGGAAAACAGAUAGAAGAGCGGCUUAAAGAGCUUACUGAAAAUGCGGUUUUUGAAACGCUACUCCAACAAUCCUCAUCUGAUAUAUUCCGGAAACUUCAUGCAGUUGCCGGUGAUGUUGGGGAAGAAAAUUUAGGGUUGUCGUCCGAAGAUCGGUCAAUGUUGGCUCAGAAGAUCAACGUAGUUAUCCAUUCAGCAGCUACCUUGGACUUCCAGGCGACGUUGAGGCCGACGGUGCAAAUUAAUUUGCUAGGAACGCGUAGAGUGAUGCAGCUAUGUCGUGAAAUGCAGCAAUUGAAGUCUAUGGUUCAUGUUUCUAGUGCUUACGUCAACUCGUAUCUCAAGGAAGCGGAUGAAAAACUGUAUCCUGUACAUGAAGAUGCCGAAAAAAUAAUUGAUUUGGUCAACUCGUUGAGUGACGAUGCCCUGGAACAGUUAACUGACAAAUUACUAAAGGAUCAUCCCAAUACGUACACAUUUACAAAACAUAUGGCAGAACAUGAAGUCAAUAAAUGUGCUUCAAUUUUUCCAUGUGGCAUCGUUCGACCAAGUAUGAUUACCGGGGCAUGGAAAGAACCCGUCCCUGGAUGGACGAUUUCAAAGAAUGGACCACAAGGAUUUCUUAUGGGAGCUUCCAAAGGAGUUAUACGUCGACUCCCCGUAGGAACUGAACUUAUAUACGAUUACAUUCCAGUCGACACAGUUGUUAACCAAAUACUCGUGACAGCAUAUCAUAUUCAGCGAAACAGCUAUAAGGAAUUGUCAAUCUAUCACUGCACGUCAAGUACAUGCAAUCCCUUUAGGUGGGAAAGUGUUAAGGAGCAGGUCAAUGAAUACUUACAUAAGUAUCCCCUGAAGUCAGCUGUGUGGUAUCCACAUUUAAAAUUCCUGCCUAGCUUGUGGUUGUACAAGCUCUCAGCAAUAAUCGUUCAUUUUAUGCCCGCUUACUGUCUUGAUUUCAUUACAAAAAUCUUCGGUGGACGUCCCAUAUUAGUGCGGCUACAUACAAAUGUGUGGGAAUCGCUGAAUAGAUUGGAAAAAUUCAUAUUCAGUGAAUGGAAAUUUAAUAACCCUCGUACGCUUGAGGUUAGUCAACAAUUAAACGCUACGGAUCGCGAAAUAUUUAACAUAGAUAUUUCCGAUUUAAAAUGGCCAGAAUAUUUUAUUUGGUUAGCUCAAGGUGUCAGACGCUAUUUGAACAAUGAACUUCCAAAAACAUUGGAAGCAGCCCGGAAGAAAGACACUCUGUUGCUAUAUGUUCACAUAGUUUUUCAAUUGCUAUUCCUCGCUUUAUUAUGGGUCUUGACAGCAAAGAUCACUGGCAUGACGCUUAUUGGCAGUAUAUUUGUGGUUCCAGUGAUAUACUUCCUGUUCAGCUUCCUCUAAAAAUACAGUGUCAAUGCGCAAAUUUGUUUGAGGUUUUGGUUGUUAGCUACUAACAAAACGGCAUUUUGGUGGAAUAGACUAUCGCGUGGUAAACGGAAAUAAAUAA